UGAAAAUAUCUGAAGGAACAAUUAUGAAUGAUCAGAAAAUUAAAAUUGAGCCACCAGAAUAUUCAAUGGAAGACAUUAAACUUGAAAAUGAAUUUGAUGAUCUUACAGGUAUUGUUAAGUCUGAAUCAUGUUUAGAAGAUGAUAAAACUUGUCUGGAAAGAUUUAUGAACUCCGCAGUAAUUAUUGAAGAAGAAGUCAAACAUGAGUUAAUCGAUACAUCUGCUUAUGCAUGUGACAUAAGAGAACGCCGUUUCAAAUGUGAUAUAUGCAAUCAGACAUUCAGACAAAAAGCUAAUAUGAAAUCACACAUGACCACUCACACCAAAGAGCGUCCUUUCAAAUGUGAUACAUGCAAUAAGGAAUUUUCACAAUCGAACAACUUGAAGAGACACAAGAUGACUGUUCACAGUGGAAAACGUGAUGAAGAUCAAUGA